UCGAGACCCCAGCCCCAGCUCGGUACCUGCAGCUCAUUCUUAAGGAGAUGAGGUUGGGGCAUCAAACCUGAGGGCGGGAGCGGCUGACCCUGAGAGGGGGAGGGCAAGGCGCCUCCCUCCCUGUGCCUGCCCCGCGCCCUGCACUUCACCGAGGCCGGCAGGUCCGUGCGGGUCAGGAAUAAAUCAGAAGAGAUCGCAGGGACCAGCCUCCUGAUAGAGGACACUCCCGUAGCUCCAUCCUUUGCGCCCGGGGACCCCCGCCCGAGGUUGGCAGCCCAAAGGUGCGAGUCCGCCAAUCGGACCAGCUCCGGCUUCGCAGCCUCACUGGCCCGGAAGGUGGACACCUCGCACCUCAGUCUCCCAAUUACGUCCCCCUCCCGCAUCCCCCCUCGGCUAGCUUCCUCUUUCCCUCCGUCUCCUUUCAUCCCCGAAAACCUGUGGCUCCGAGAGACCUUGGCUUCUCUGGGACUCUGCCCCAGGGGUCUGCCCACAUCCGCUCCUGAGUUUGGGGGGCAGAGGGGCAACCGCCUCAAGAAGUCUCUCCGGCGAUGGGAGCCGCCCGCCUGCUGCCCAACCUUACUCUGUGCCUGCAGCUAUUGAUUCUCUGCUGUCAAACGCAGGGGGAGAAUCACCCGUCUCCUAAUUUUAACCAGUACGUGAGGGACCAGGGCGCCAUGACUGACCAGCUGAGCAGGCGGCAAAUCCGUGAGUACCAGCUGUACAGCCGGACGAGCGGCAAGCACGUGCAAGUCACCGGGCGUCGCAUCUCCGCCACCGCUGAGGAUGGCAACAAGUUCGCCAAGCUCAUCGUGGAGACGGAUACGUUUGGCAGCCGGGUCCGCAUCAAGGGGGCGGAGAGCGAGAAGUACAUCUGCAUGAACAAGAAGGGCAAACUGAUUGGAAAGCCGAGUGGGAAGAGCAAAGACUGCGUGUUCACCGAGAUCGUACUGGAGAAUAACUACACAGCCUUCCAGAACGCCCGGCAUGAGGGCUGGUUCAUGGCUUUCACUCGGCAGGGCCGGCCGCGCCAGGCCUCCCGAAGCCGCCAGAACCAGCGAGAGGCCCACUUCAUCAAGCGCCUCUACCAGGGCCAGCUGCCUUUCCCCAACCAUGCCGAGAGGCAGAAGCAGUUCGAGUUUGUGGGUUCGGCCCCCACCCGCAGGACCAAGCGUACUCGGAGGCCCCAGCCCCAGACGUAGUCAGGGAGGCCAUAGUGAGCAAGGCCGGGUAGAUGCCCCUCAGCAACCUCCUCUCUCUCUCUUCUCUAACUCAUCCAAAGAUGGGGGCUGGGGUGGAAGGUGGGGAGCCAGACCCCAAAAGGACCCAAAGGGCAUGAAGCAUCUAAUCCCCAGCUGGG